GUUUCUUUAAAGCAAACCACGGUGCGGGAAGAGAGCCGAGGGAGAAUGGCAGAGAGGCAAGCGAUGGAUCAGCAGCAGCUACAGUCACCAUCGCAACAACAUCAGGCAGCAACGGAAGACAUGAUAGAGUGCGUUAUGGCUUUAGAGGCGGCUUUGCUUCCUUGCUUACCUGCUAGAGAGCUCCAAGCCAUUGACCGCUCUCCUCACCCUUCUCAUCAGAUUGAUGUUGAGAGGCAUGCCAGGGAUUUCAUGGAGGCCGCCAAGAAACUUCAACUCUAUUUUAUUGGUCUCCAACGUGAAGAUCAGCCCACUGCGGCAGAAACACUGAGAAAGGAGAUUGCUGUGAUGAAAGAAGAGUUAAAAAUAAAGGAUGAGAUUAUUAAGAAGCAAGAGCGACUGAUACAAGAGUGGAGAAAGGAGUUGACAGACCAAUUGCAAAAACACAAAACUGAAUUGGAAAGGGUGUAAUGGGGAAGUUAAGGCUAUAAUCUAACAAUUAUGAUGCCAGUAGCAUUCCUGUAGCUUAUAUAUUAGAUCAUAACUGUAAAAACAGUAGCGGGAAUUGAGGUACUGGUUUAUCUGUCAGCAUCGCACGCAAUGAUACAAAUGAGUAUAUAAAUUGGUCCUGCAUUUGCCUCUUUUCCCGA